AACUGUCGCGAACGAAUCGAUAACGGUCCUUCUAACAACGAUCCUUGCGAUAUGUUCACCGUUAAACAAACCCAGAUAUUUCGUGGAUUCAAGGACGAAAGAUGGUCGACGAAAGACAAAUUGGAACAAUAUCGAGGAAUUCUAAAGUUACACGUACGCGAAAGGAAGCAAAGAUUGCAAGAUUCCGUAAAAUUGAAGAAAAGAAUAUCGUGGCAAUUGGGUUCGUACAAAGAGGACGUAAACAAGUAUCGUCAACUUACAAAUCGUUUGACGAACGGAAUUCCGGAAAGUUAUAUAAGUAAUCUAUUACAAGAUCGCAAGGACUUACGAUUAAAGUGCCAUGGACGUAAGACGGAGCAAAUUUGUGUGCUCGUUUACGAGGGGAACCACCGAAAGCGUUGUCAAUUGGAUAAAUUACGUUAUCAGAAAAAAAGAAAACUUAAACAAUGUUUCCAACUGCAGCUGGAACACGCACAAUUGUGCGCCGAGUAUGCGCAAGAAGAAGAAACUCCAUGGGCAGAGAAUCGAUUGCAACAACGAUUGGUAACGAGUUAUCAGCGGUCUGUAGCGAAAGAAAAUGCAGCCAAAGCGAUAAAUGUAACGUACGUUGCUAUGCUUGACAUAUUGAAACAGGACGCGAUAAAUCAUGAAAGGUUGUUGAACGCUUUGAAACAAGAUCGUGAAAAUCAGUGCAAAGCGAUACUGAAAGCAACGAUCAUGGGUCAACUCGCGACCGAGGAAACGGACGACAUCGCUACGAAAUGUAAACGCAUAGCUCGUAUCGUCUGGAACAAUAUGAAAGAAAGAGAACGUAUGCUAGCUAUUGUUCGUGAUCGAGUCGAGGAUCUCUGGUCGUUCGCGCGAUCCCUGAUAAGAACCGAGAGCGAAACAAUCUUUACGAUGGAAAUUACACGCGGUCAAACGGCAUCCAAUGUAACGUUGGAAAAACAGAUAACCACUUUGGAGGAGAUAUUCGAUAAAGUUAAGGAAUCGUUGCUCGUCCGUUCCUAUCGAGAACUGCUUUCAAGGCUGGAAGAACAAAUGAAACAGAGAACGCAAUUGUUGGAACAAUUUAAUCGGAAUGUAAAAGAGCGCGAUUUGUUGUUGAGGAAAAAGAACGAGGCUUUAUCCGCUUUAUCCAAUUUUGAACAUUCUCUGGUGGCUACUACGGAAGAAUACAACACCGAUAAAAACGUCCUAUUGGAACAAAUUUCGAUACAAAAGAAGCGUAGAGAGGAACAUGAAAAUUUAAGAAAGGAACACGGUGAAUUGUUAAUGGACAUAAGAGCGGCAUUACAGAACAUGCUGGCAAUGCUAUUCUGUGUUAGAAGAGGUAGUAAGGUACCGAAAAAACAAACGGACGAAUUAGACGAACAAAUAGUCGUGAUUGAAAAAAUGGAGACGGAGGGUUUAACGUUACUGUCGACUGUCAGUCGAAAAGUGGGAGCGUUAUUUGGAAUGAGCAAUUUUGAAUUUAACAAAGAUAGAGAACAGAGAGCGAAAGAUCUAUACCAAACUUACGUUUCCGAUUAUCAUUCGAAAUUGAAAUUCGAAGACGCAGGAUUCGAACCAACGGGUCUGUUUGUCGAGCAUGAAACGAUUGAUUCUUCGGUGCCAACGAGAGCUGAAAUCAAAUUAAGAAGCAGACAAAUCGUAGAAACUUACCUGAGGCUAGAAUAA